UGCUUUAGCCCUUACCAUUACAAAGUACCGACACUGGAGACUCCUUCCAUAGGUGUUGAAUAAAUAUCUCCUCACAGAAAGCUUCGCCAUAUCAGCAUCUAUCCCAUCCAUUUUCUGUGUCGCUUAUCCUACACAGGGGUACAGGGGAGCUCAUCCCAGGGAACUCUGGGCACAAGGCGGUGGGACACCCUGGACGGUGCCAACCCAUCACAGGGCAUAAUCACACACACAUUCACACACUUCAGACAAUUUGGAAAUGCCAGUCAGCCUUCAAUGCAUGUCUUUGGACUGGGGAGGAAACUGGAGUACCUAGAGGAAACCCUCAAAUUAGGGGAAGAAGAUGCAAACUCUUCACACAGAGGACAGAGGUGGGAUUUGAACCCACAACCCCAGAGGCGUGAGACAAACUUUAACCACUAAGCCAUUUAUUAUUAAGACAUAUUUAAUAUUAGAUUAUUUGAAGUGUCCUCCAUACAAGUAUUUGUGAAUGAGUUGUGUUGUUAUAAUAAAGAUAACUUAUUAGAACAAGUGCAUUAAUACAAACCAGAUGUAUAGAAAAUUAAUGAGUACCUACUGACUAAUCAGUUUCAAGAAUUCAACAGCACUGUGGUACAAUUGCCAUUAAUGUUGUGGAUUGCCAGUUCUUGCUUAUACUGUUUGUUUAUAAAUCCCUUCAGCCACUACUGACUGCAUAGACACUUCCUUAAAUAUUUAGUUUCAAGGAUUACAUUUUGUUUAUCCAUUCAGCAGCAGAAAAUUUAAUUUCACGGUAUAAUUAGAUUUGUUUAACAUUUCAGAUGGUGGCUGCUGUCUUACUAAGACUCUAUUUUGACAUGAAAAUGGUUUACUGAAUCUAAAAGUUACAGUGCAGAAGUGUGUGGAUGUUAAAAUACUCCAAGUUAAGAAACCACACCACACACUGUCCUUACUUUCUACCCAACCACUUUGUUCCUCAGCCUGUGAUGUUGUUUUAUGGUGCACCUUGCAUUGAGUUGUGAGUUUUAGUAGGCAAACACAGGUGAUGCUUCAAUUUAUAAGCCCUAGAUACUCUACUAGCAGUAUCGGACACAGUCGUGUCAAGCAUGGCCCUAAUGCACCUCAGGAUAUUCAUCUUAUUCUUGUAUUUUGUGUUCCCUAUACUAUGUGAUGGUGUUUUGCAUGUACAGAAGAGAGACUGGAUGGGAAAUCCACCUGCAGAAUUCAUUGAAGGAGAUGUGGAGUGCUUCUCUGAAUAUAUGGAACUGUGGAUCCACAGAAUGAGAACUGAAGGGUUGAGACUCUGGCUUUCAGCAAUGCUGAGGAUUCAAGUCACUCUUGGGUCUCUGGAGAUCUUAAACCAUCAGCUGUCAGCAUGUGGCUAUGGCCUGCAUAAAGAUCCUGACAGGAACUACAUCUUCAGAGUCAUGUACAGUGGGUGCUUUGUCCAACAAGAGCAUGGCCAUUAUGUGAUUGUAUUGAACUUGGUGAAGAGAAUAAGCCGCUUUGGAGGCAGGACACAUAAUUAUGUAAUGAAAUGUCCUGUAGUUCCAGCGCCACCCAACACAGAGCAUAUUCAGUGUGACCCUGAUUUCAUCCAGGUUACCAGACAGAUCCCAGUGGAUAGCUGGAACAGUGAGCUCAGAUGGUCUCUUGCUUUGAGAGGGAGUCUGGUAGUGGCGCUGGAAGAUGCUAGUCUGAUUCAAGUAAAUGUUGACAUUCAGAAGCCACUCAUUACUGUUCAAGGCAGGAGGAACACAGUUCUCAAUCCUGUGCAGGUUCUACAGACUGAGGGCCAGUUCUUACCUCUUAAGUUGGUCAGUGGACAAUAUGCCUAUAGCAUGGAAGCCACUUGUCCAAAUAUGAUUCAGCACUCAUCUGAGGACACAGUGCUGCACAUUUACAAACGCCGCAUGGGAUUGACUAAGAGAGGAGGUUAUGACAAUGAGACCCUGUCAAUCAGCAGUGUGUCUAUAAACCAGACAGACACAUUUACCUGGUCUGAGACCACCAGCUUUGUGAAGCUCAUCGUUCCCACUGCGCUUAUUCAAAAGACAAAGAAAUGUGCCGACAAGGAGGGUGAGAAUCUCCAACAGCCAUUCUUCAGAAUAGAUGUUGUGCUCACUUUUAAAGAGACAAAUAACAGAAUGUUCUGGACGAUGGAGAACACGUCACCAUGCUCACAUGAUCACAUUCCUUCAGUGACAACUCAUCCCUCAGUAACAUCUAAAUCUCCUGUGACAUUUACUGCUUUAAAGCCCACACUCGUCAAUUCACUCACAGAAGAGCCACUGCUUUUGCCCAGCACGAAGCCCCAGACGUCACCCGGGACCAUUGAAAAAGGAUUUAGCAAGACUAGCACGGUUUUUCAAGUUACUACGAUACCUGGAGUGGUAUCAGGAUCUCCAUGGAGCACUGGUUCAGGAGACAGUGAUACACGUAAUGUGUUCAGAACCACCUUGUUCAAGGCAGAUACUAGUACUGAUGAUCUAAAUCCUGAUUUUCCUGGGAAUCUUGUUUUAACAACAUCUCGUAGCAUGGGGUCAGAUGCAACACUGGUUAGUUGAUCCAAUCCUUCAUUUAGUCCUCACCCUGAACAAUUCCUGGACUUGACUAAUGCCAGAGAAACAUCAACAGGCAUGCCAUCUCUGACAACCACGGACAAUACUGUAACGUCGAACACAAAUAGUAAGAUUAGCGAAGCUGUACUUUUCACUACAUCUCAUUCUGAGACUGAAACCAAGUGGAGCCCUGUGACAUUGUCACUUUAUUUAGAGAGCACUAGUACUAAUAUCAUUCCAAGUACUGUCUCAGAUGUCACUUUAAACAUUCCACCUGCAUCCCUGACACCCCUCUGAGUACAUAAGAGUUGCUUGACCAUCCCUGUCGCCCCACAACCUGAUAUUACACUCCUGAAUAAGACCACAAUUAUUCACACAACACAUGAAGGCACAUCUGUUUAGCCAGAGAUUGUCACAUUACCAAGCACAUAGGUCGUAAAAGCAGGGCAAAGGCGAUAACACCGCUGUACUUGCUUUAUACUUUCACUGCACCAGAGAACAAAACUAUGUUCCAGAAAUGAGAUUCUUUCCUUCAUUCAUCUGAGGAUAAUUAUGCCAGCUACUUUACCUACCAACAUGUUUUUAUGAAAAACUCGUGCUAUCAUGGGGAGAACAUGCAAAACAUAGUAUCGAACCCUGGAGCUGAGAGGCACCAACGGACCUGUUCUGCCGUUGUGUCACCGUAAAUGAAAAUCAGCCAAAGACAAAGCAAAACAGCAACUCUGAUACCUGUUACCAUGGAGCAAUCAUAAGAUAUUAUAUAUAUCUGCCUCUGGGUAAAUGAGUACAAUGUCUGAGUGUUGUCUUUGACAGAAAACAGGAUCCUGCAGUGGCACUUCCCCGAGGCAUGAUAUACAGUAACAACCAUAAAGCCUUUUAGCUUUCAAUAAAUACCACUUAGAUGUGAGUUUUGUGUA